AUGUCCGAUAGCGAGUCACCGUUCGAGAGUGAGUCCAAUGCGUUCAAUGGGGAGUUAUCGAACGAUCAGUGGGAUACGAAUAGUGAGGCUGUGAGCCUCGGUGCCGAGGGUGGAGAAGAUACCAAUGUCGAAAUAAUCGGUGAGGGGGCAAACUUCGUUCCUACCCACGACAUCGAGAAGGGACUGAUGACAAGGCAGCCAAUACCGUUGGCUGUGGUGUAUCGUGACGGCAGUUAUGCCGGCGUAGAUCAGUACUGCGAGUUACAGACGGGGGAUACUCAGGUGCCGGAUGAGCACACUAGUCAUCAACCGGAGACCUCCACCUCUGGCCGUGGAGCGGCAGCUGUCGGUCAUUCCUCCCAACCGAGGAUGACCGAACCGGAGCUUGCCAAGAUUCGUGCUGAGUACCUCAUCCCGGAUUCGGGGGUUCGGUUGCCAUUGCAGCCUGCCGUGCAGAAGAUCCUUGCCCAAAUUGGGUAUGCUACAGGCCAAUACAAUCCCAACUUCUGGGUGGCCUUGAUGGGGGUGAUCGCUGCCGAUGAUAACUCUUCAAUGCCGGCUCCUCCUGCCUAG